GAGGUGCUUGGACAGAUUUCUGUUGAAAUUGGGUUGAAUAAGCGAACCGAGACCGGAAAUUUGGUUGUUUUGAGGUGUUUGAAGAACUUUACACCACUUUUAGGCAGAGAUUGGCUUGACAUGUUCUAUCCUGGCUGGAAAACUCAGUUUUUACCGGCAAAUAUCAUUGGAAAUUUGGAUUACAAAUCAACUGACACAGUUUUAGGGUACCAAGCUGAUCUGACCUUUAAAUCAGAACAACCAAUUUUCAAGAAGGCGUAUCAAGUUCCGUACAAGAUCAAAGACAAAUUCAAUGAGCAUUUAGACAUGUUGGAGCGACAGGGAGUGAUCACACCAAUCAAGGCGAGCGAGUGGGCUUCGCCAGUUAUUGCGAUUGUGAAAAAGGAUGGGGAUUUACGCAUGAUUCAAAUUGGCCGACACGUGGCUACGGCGCACAGACAUCAGCUGAAGGCGUUGCACGUUCCCAAACGUGGGUCCGUGAAGAUGUGUUUUGCGGCCAACAGUUACAAACGCAACUUCUCCUCAAUCGAUGACGAUGGAGGAUUACUCGGGCAUUCGAGGGAUUACGCGGUGUAUCGUAAGCAGAGAAAGGUUGACAACGAAUCCCGCAGUCCUGUUAGAACGAGGUCUAGGGCCAGAUUGGAGAAUCAGCAGGGACACAAUUAA